AGGAAGUAUAUGUGGAUCAACCGGAUGGUUUUGUGGUUGAAGAGGCUGAAGAUAAAUUGUAUAGAUUAAGAAAGGCUCUUUAUGGUCUAAAACAAGCACCAAGGGCCUGGUAUAGUGAGAUUGAUACAUAUCUCAUUCACUGUGGUUUUCAUAGAAGCUCAAGUGAAGCAACUCUAUAUGUGAGAAACAAAGAAGGAAUUGGUGUCUUGAUAGUAUCAAUCUAUGUAGAUGAUAUAGUCUACACAGGGAGUAGUACAAGAAUGAUGGAAGAGUUUAAAACAGAGAUGAUGUGCAAGUAUGAAAUGUCAGACUUGGGUUUACUUCACCACUUUCUUGGAAUGAGGGUAACUCAAAUUGAAGGGAGUAUUUUUAUACAUCAGAAAAAGUAUGCUCUCACUCUCUUGGAUAAAUUUGGGAUCAAGGAUUGCAAAUCAGUGAGCACUCCAUUGGUUGCCACUGAUAAAUUGCAAAGAGAGGAUGUAAGUGAAGUUGCAGAUGAAAGUCUGUACAGGAAAAUUGUUGGAAGUCUUUUAUAUUUAACAGCAACUAGGCCAGACAUUAUGUUCUCUGCUAGCCUGCUUGCACGGUUUAUGCAUAAGCCCUUUAAGAAGGAUUAUGGAGCUGCUAAAAGGGUUUUAAGAUACAUCCAAGGAACAAUUGACUUUGGGAUUGAAUAUGUGGUUGGUAAAUCUGCCCUGUUGAUUGGUUAUUGUGAUAGUGACUGGAGUGGAUCUGAAGAGGACAUGAAAAGCACCUCAGAGUAUGCCUUUUCAUUUGGAAGUGGUGCUUUCUCAUGGGCUUCGGUCAAGCAACAUAGUGUAGCACUGUCAACUGCAGAAGAAGAGUAUGUAAGUGCAGCUGAAGCAACCUCACAGGCCAUUUGGCUUAGAUUUGUGCUUAAGGACUUUGGAGAAGAACAAGCUAUUGCAACUACCCUAUUUUGUGACAACACUUCAGCCAUAGCCAUGUCUAAAACCCCUGUAUUUCACCAAAGAAGCAAGCAUAUUCGUAGGAAGUUUCAUUUCAUCAGAGAUGCAAAUCAAGAAGGUGUGAUUGAUUUGGUCUACUGCAAAGGUGAGGAACAGAUUGCUGAUAUUUUCACCAAGGCUCUUCCCAAGAACAGAUUCAGCUAUUUGAGAAGCCUACUCGGUGUGAAAUUAGUUAGCAAUUUAGAAGGGAGUGUUGAAAAGUAA